AUGGCAGCUCCCUCCGACGUCAAGGUGGUGAUGCCGUCUAUCCUGACCGGGAACAGCUCUCCGCCGAUUCUCUCUUCACAACGUCGUGCGGCCAUCAUGGAAGCUGUCGGGGACAUUGUCUACGGAUCGGCUGCCGGUGUGGUCGGCAAGUACAUUGAGUAUCCCUUUGACACGGUCAAAGUCCGCCUGCAGGCCCAACCCGACCAUCUGCCGCUGCUGUACAAGGGUCCCAUCGACUGCUUUCGCCAGUCGAUCCAUGCCGACGGGCUGUUGGGCCUGUACCGGGGCAUCAGCGCGCCUCUCGUGGGCGCGGCUCUGGAGACGAGCAGCCUGUUCACGUUUGAGCGUCUAGGCCGCGAGGCCCUGUUUCGUUCUGGCUACUAUUCGCGCGACCGGCCGCUGCCGCUGUCGGCCCUCUACUUUGCCGGCGCCUUUUCGGGUGCCUUCACGUCGCUCGUCCUGACGCCCAUCGAGCUGGUCAAGUGCAAGAUCCAGGUGCCGGCAGCCCACAACAACGGCGGCAAGCCAGGCCAGACGGAGCACCGUCGCCCGCUGGCCGUCAUCCGCGAGAUCUACCGCCACGAGGGUCUGCGCGGGUUCUGGCACGGCCAGCUGGGCACGCUCAUCCGCGAGGCCGGCGGCUGUGCGGCCUGGUUUGGCGGCAAGGAGACGACGACGAGCCUGCUGCGCGAGCUCAACGUCCGGACGGCCCUGGGCGACAUGGCCGCAACGCCAGCGGCCUCGGAGCUCGAGCAGCUGGAGCGUGCACAGCGGCUGCAUCGGCUGCAGCACGACCAGCUGCCGCUGUGGCAGCAGGCCGUGGCCGGUGCCUCGGCCGGCAUGGCCUACAACUUCCUCUUCUUUCCCGCCGACACAGUCAAGUCGCGCAUGCAGACGACGCCGGUGGGCGCAGGCCUGGGCCUGGGCUUGGGUGCAAACCCGGAUGCCGCGUCUCCACAGCGGCGCACCUUCUUGGCCGAGUCGCAGGCGCUCUGGAAGCAGGCCGGCGUGCGCGGCUUCUACCGGGGCUGCGGUGUGACCGUGUUGCGGUCGGCACCCAGCUCGGCUUUCAUUUUCAUGAUUUAUGAUGGGUUGCAGUCGAAUUUUCCUUUGGCAUGA